AAUACUCUAUCGAACGUAUAAGUACUUUUAAUUUGACGACUGGCUAACGAAAACAGUUUAUGCUUGAAUGAUAUUAUUUGAUGACAGCUUCACAAAACCCGCUGACGCACAAAGUGGGACAGGCGCGAUUCGGGAAUAAAUCGAUUGGGCAUGCCUCCAAAGCUUUUUUUCGUAAACUGAAAUGAUACUCUUCAGUAUACACUGACUAACGCAUGACAAGCAGGAGAGUGCUGGGCGAGCGAUGACGAUGGCACACGUUGGGGCAGUGGUUGCUGUCAUCACUAGUGUGAUGGCCCUUAUGCUUCACUCCUCUAUACACAAAAUUGAAGAAGGUCAUUUAGCAGUUUAUUACAGAGGUGGAGCUUUGUUGACCACUCCAAAUGGGCCAGGCUAUCACAUCAUGCUGCCAUUCAUCACCAACUACAGAUCAGUGCAAACAACACUGCAAACAGAUGAAAUAAAAAAUGUACCUUGUGGAACAAGUGGUGGUGUCAUGAUCUAUUUUGAUAGAAUUGAGGUCGUCAAUAUGCUGGUGCCAUUAGCAGUGGUGGAUAUUGUGCGAAACUACACUGCAGAUUAUGACAAGACCCUAAUAUUCAACAAAAUCCACCAUGAAUUGAACCAGUUCUGCAGUGUUCACACUCUACAAGAGGUCUAUAUUGAGUUGUUUGAUAUAAUUGAUGAGAAUCUCAAGACUGCUCUGCAGAAAGAUCUGAAUUCCAUGGCCCCUGGUCUCACUAUUCAGGCUGUCCGUGUCACCAAGCCUAAAAUCCCUGAGGCAAUCAGGAGGAACUUUGAAAUGAUGGAAGCAGAAAAGACCAGGCUGCUCAUCACAGCUCAGACCCAGAAAGUUGUAGAGAAGGAGGCGGAGACUGAGAGGAAGAAGGCGAUCAUUGAGGCCCAGAAGGUGGCUCAAGUAGCUGAGAUCCAGUUUAAGCAGAAAAUAAUGGAAAAGGAAACGGAGAAGAGGAUUUCUGAAAUAGAAGAUGCUGCUUUCAUGGCAAGAGAAAAAGCCAAAGCGGAUGCUGAAUUUUACACAGCAGCAAAGUCUGCUGAAGCAAACAGGCUAAAGCUGACACCAGAGUAUCUGGAGCUCAUGAAAUAUCAGUCCAUAGCAUCCAACAGCAAGAUCUACUUUGGUCAGGACAUCCCCAACAUGUUUGUAGACAACAGUGCCUCCCCUUCAACAAAGAGGGCUGACUCAUCUGAGCAGCUGGAAUUCUCAAUCACAGACAAGCCCAGAAAAGCAUCCGGUUCCAGAGUACACCCAGAAGGCCACUGAAGGGCCCAUGCCUCCUCCACUUGUUUGUUUGUCUGUCUGUCUGUCUCUGUCUGUGUGGGGUUGGCCUGGGAAUGCUUGUGCACCAUGCUGCAUUGAUGCUUUCCUGUCAUGCUGCAGAGGGUGGUGGGUGCUUUGUGCAGUGAGUUUAAAGACACUGAACAUGAGAGGCUGUGCUUUACUGUCCAUUGCCUGUGUUCUGAAGAGAAAAUGUCACGGAUGUCUUAAGAUGAGGCUGAGAUUUACAAACGUUUGUAAUGAAUUUAUGGCUGUUGCUGUUAUUUACAGGACAAGAUAAAGUGUUCUUAGCUGUAUCCCAUAAAGUGUCCCAUGGCUCACGUAGCAUGCGUUUAUGUUUUCCACUUUUGCUGACUUUUUCUUUUUUUUCUGAUUUGGGUCAUUUGCAGAUUGGUAGGUAUGUGACAGCUUGUAGAUGAUAUUGAGAUUUUGUGUUUUGCGUAACUGGAAUUAUAAGGCUUCACAUUGAGACAGGUUAAUGGAUUGUGCAGCUAUGGGAGAUUUGUUAUCACCAAAGUUGGCUAAUCUCCAUUUUGUAAUAUCGAAUUGAGGUCUGAGUAAUGCCCCACUUAACUUGCAGUGCCAUCUUGCAUGUUGUAGUUAGACGUGAUAUUAAGUACAAGCCACAAAGUAACGCACUAUGAACAAGCUGAUGUUCACAAAUUAUUUUUCUGUUUCAAAAAUACAUACACAGUCCACAUAUCAUUCAUUCAGUAUUGAGUCUGAGAAUCAAACCUGUUCCAUUUAUGCUGUUUUUACUUGUUAUAUGAAAGCGGAGAAUCCACAGAUUAGGUGUAGUUAAUAAGUAGGGCAGUAGUUGGUUUUGUCCUUCUGAAAGUUGAAUAGUCAGUAAUAGUUGAGUUGUUUGUUGUUCAUGGUAGGGUUAUUGGGCUUCAUUUAGUAAGCAGUUUCAUUUGAUUAGGUAGGUCACGGCAUAGGCUAUAGUACCCACAAAUGCAGCUUUCUGCCAUGAAUUAGACCUGGUAUGUCCUGGCUAACUUAGUUUUUGGGCUUAAACACGCAGUCUGCUUUCACAGAUUAACCUGGUUUGCUGAAUGAUCAUCGUAGAUCAAGAAUGUAAAAAGGGAAUUUAAUCUAAAGGGCUGGUUAAACAAAAAAAAAAAAACUAACAAAGGCAAUUAUCACAUGAAGGGCUACAGAAUUAACAUGAACUAAGAUUACGUCUGCAAAAAUACUGG